ACGACUGCGCGGAGAGCAUGGAUGUCCCCAGCCUUAAAGAAAGUGCAGCCGAAGCUUUCCAGGAUGGCGACUUUGCAGCGUCACUGCGCCACACGCAAAAGGCGAUCCAGCUCUUAUCCAGCGCAACAGGGGCGGCUGCCCGCGACUCUGUCCGUGGCGAGCUGUCGCGCCUUCACAGCAACGCGGCGGCAGCGCUGAUGGAGCUGGGCGAUUACACGGCUUCAGCGAGUGAGGCUGAGACGGCCAUAGAGCUGGACCCGUCGUGGCACCGCCCCUAUCUGCGCCUUUGCCUGGCGCUGGCUUCCCAGCAGCGGACCGACGCAGCCACGGAUGCGUUGCACCGCGGCCUGCGCGCCUGCCAGUCCCCCGACCAGCUUGUCGAGCUGCAGGCGGCGCUGCAGUCUCUUACCGACAAUGUUUCCGCAGGGGACGGCGCAGGGGCCUCUCAAAAGCGAGCCAGGUUGCCACAGCCGCACCACAACGGUGACGCCAACCACAGCAACCCUCAGCAGCAGCAGCGCUUCCCGCCGCCGGCCAGCCGCCGCCGUGUGCUGCCCGUGACGGCGUUGUGCGGCUUCCUGGGUGCCGGCAAGACCACGCUGGUACAGCACGUGCUGGCGGAGCUGGGCGAGGGCGGCGCGGCGCGGGUGGGGCUGCUGGUCAAUGACCUCGCGGCGCUCAACGUGGACGCCGAGCUGCUGCGGGCGCCCGCGCCCGCGCCUGGGCCGGCGUCAGGGCCGGCGCCCGCGCCUGGGCCGGCGUCAGGGUCGGCAGGGAUGGCUGCAAUGUGUGCUGAGGAGAGGCGUGACCCGGGCGUGGUGCAGGCGGCGGGGGAGGCGGCUGCGCUGACAGGGCCGGGGCCGGGGCCGGGGCCGGGGCCGGGGCCGGGGCCGGGGCCGGGGCCGGGGCCGGGGCCGGGGCCGGGGCCGGGGCCGCGGGCGCCGGGUGUUCCCGGCGGCGCGGGCGAGGUGGUGUCGCUGUCCAACGGCUGCGUGUGCUGCAACCUGCGCGGCGAGCUACAGGACCAGAUCCGCCGCCUGGUGCUGCCGCCCAAACCCCCGCCGGCGCCGCCAACACUGCCUGCACCGCCGGCGCCACCUGCACCACCUGCACCGCCUGCGCCGCCUGCGCCAGCGGCAGCGCCAGCAGUGACGGCAGAUGCGAGUAACACCGGCGGCAACACCCACCCACAGGCGUCCGCCGCCCCCGCCCCCGCCCCCGCUGCAACGGCAGCGGCAGCGGCAGUGGCAGCGGGCUGGUCCCCGCUGGUUGACCAGCUGGUGGUGGAGUGCACGGGCGUGGGCGAGCCGGCGGCGCUGGCGGAGGCGCUGGCGGCGCUGGGGCCCGAGCUGGCCGCGGCGGGGGACCAGGGCGGGGUGGAGCUGGUGCUGCGGAUGGUGACGGUGGUAGACGCCAGCAGCUUCCUGCGCCUGCUCACGGCGGCAUCGCCACCGCCACCGCAGCCGCACACAGCCAGUCAAUCUGACGGGUCGGGAGCGGCGUCCGUGGGAGGACGUGCCUGGAUGCCGCAGCCGGCGUCGCGCUGCGGCGGCCUCCGUGACGGCCCCGGCGCGCAGCAGGGGCCGCCGGCGCGGCAGCCGCUGGCGACGCUGCUGGCGCAGCAGGUGGAGACUGCGGACGUGGUGCUGCUGAACAAGUGCGACCGCCUGAUGGACACAGCCAUGGCGGAGGCGGAGGCGGCGGAGGCGGAGGCGGAGGCAGCUGGUGCAGUUGGGAGGAGCCAGGAGGAAGGGGCGGGGUCGCAGGCAAAGGUAGGCCAGGCGGCGGCACGGGCUGAGGCGGCGGCGCGGGCGGAGCUGCGGCGGGUUGCGUCGGCGGUGCGGGCGCUCAACCCGACCGCGCAGGUGCUGCCGUGCGUGCGGUGCCGCGUGCCCCUGAAGGACGUACUGGCGUCAGCGGAGGUAGAGGCCGCCGAGGGGACUGGGGCGGGGGUGGAGGUUGGGGCGGCGGGUGCAAGGCAGGAAACCGUGGGUCGCCGCCAGCGGGCUGCAGCAUGGCCCAGCGGGACUGCAGUGACUCCUGUUGUGGGCGCGAACGGCGGUGCUGGUGGUGCUGGCGGUGGCGGGGCCUCUGCGCCGCAGCUGACGGAGGCAGAGGGCCAGCAGGGGGAGGAGGCUGGGCGGGCGCACGAGGAAGAGGAGUACGGCAUCGGCACGGUGGUGUUUUCCAGCCGCCGGCCCUUCCACCCCGCCCGGCUGUGGGCGCUGCUCACAGCGCUGUCGGAGCCGGCUGCCGGGCCAGGCUGGGGCGCGGAGGCCACGGCGGAAGCGGGGGCGGAGGCGGACAGGCGGAUACCGAGCGGGGUUGGUGGAGGCGUGUCGGGGCGGCCGCAGUUACUGCCGGUGAAUGGCGCCCUUAGCGCCGGCCUGCCGUACGCUCCUCCGGCACUGCUGAGGUCGAAGGGCGUGUUCUGGAUCGCCAGCAUGCCGCAGGCCAUGUGGGAGCUGUCGCUGGCGGGCGGCGAGGUGGAGCUGGCGGCGGCGGGCAGGUGGCUGUGCAGCAUGGUGGACCGGGAGCACUGGCCCGUAGGCGUAAGUGCUGAUGGUGGUAGUGCCGAUGGUGGUAGUGAUGGGAGGGUUGCAAAUGGCGAUGUCGCGAAUGCCGGUAUGGUGGCAGACGGCGCUGCUGGCGGUGCAACAUGCCGUGGCGGUGGCGGCAAGGCGCGCUGGCACCCGGUAUGGGGCGACCGCGAGACCGGGCUGGUGUUCAUAGGCGUGGGGCUGCUUGGAAGUGGCAGCGGAAGUGGUAGGGAUGAUGCCGCCGGUUCUGGGGCACUGCGAGCCUCGCAGCAGGUGGAGCAGGUGGAGGCAUGUUGGGGGGGCGUGGCAGGUGGUGUGGAGGGCCCUGCAGGGAGGUUGGUGUGGGAGCGCGAGGACGGCACGGUCCUGACGCCCACGCCGGCGCCGGGCUCGCCCGCGGCCCGGCUGGCGGCACUGCUGCGGUGGGCGCUGCUGACGGAGGAGGAGGAAGCAAGCGGCGAGGAGGCGUGGGAGGCGCUGGAUGACACGCCGUGGCUGGGGCUGCUGGAGCGGUACUGAGACGUUCGGGCGAGGCGUCGAUGUAAAAGCGCACCAGCCGCGAGGACAAAACUCCAAAUUGCUUCAUGGUCAUUCAAUCGGCAACAUUGUCAGCUCUUGCGACCAGCUGUGCGGGCAUUGCCGAUGUCACAAUCUGCCAAAUUGGGCUUUGACUGCGAGGCACCACUGACAUCAAGAACGACUUUAUGAGAGGUACGACAAUGCAUUAGUCCCAGGUCUGGCCCUUUCCAAGCAGUACGCGAAAGUUUAGUCAAACGGCUUGUGGUGAUGUUUCAGUUUUGGGGUUCAGUGGUUCCCCGCGGAGCAGUUCUUGAUAAACUGGCGGGACACCUAUUGUUUCAGCAUCGUGAAACAUCGUUACAUGCUCGCGUUGAUCCGGCUCUCUCGGUGUGCAAUACUUCCCUCUUUCUGCGCGAGCGGUGCGUGGCAAUGCAUAUGCAAUAUCAUUAAACAGUGAUAGACCUUAUUUCCUUGUUGUCCACCCGUACCAGGCCUGCUGGUAGCUGCAACAUUCAGUGCAACAUUGUAAGUACCAAUCACU